CAACGGCUACUAGAAAAUAAAAUCAACCUACGAGUCUGCAAGACAUUCUUGUUGGGUUUUUUUCUGGAUUGAACAAACAAAGAAUGCAACCGUCUUUCCCUCAUUCCCACUUUUUCUCUUCCCUGAAACGAUUGGAGAAAAGAUUGAAACUUGACACUCCAACAGACCUUCCGCCUCCACAAAAUCAACAAAACUGCGUACUUGAAACUUCGACCGAGUCCCUAGGCACCCCAUUAUACCUCAAUUCCUUACCCCACCCGCCCACCACUUCCUCAGACCUCCAAGAAAGUGAAGCUCCUCAAGAAUUCCUCUCAAACUCCCCUGAUUUCGCCCCAACCCUAGCACAAGAUCCACCUCAAGAGCCAAUGGGGAAAGUUGAAGAGGAUGAUGAUGAUAUAAAUCUGCUGAUGCAGUUCUUGGGCUUGUCAGGGUGUGAGGGUGGUGGGUCCCAAAGGGCAGGGCAGAAUCUGGGGUGUGAUGAUGAUGGGUUUUAUGGAGGGGUUGUUGGGGUGAAGGGGAUAAAGAGUGGGAAGGAACUGGAGAGGUUGGAUGGGUGGAUUAAGCAUUUCUUGAAUGGUGAGAAAGAGAGAAGAGAGCCCUUGAGGUUGGCUCAUUUGCUUCUGGGCAAAGCUGCAUUUCUGCAUUCUAUGGAUGAUAGUGAUGAUGGGUUUGGAGGCCUUGAGUUCCCUUCCACCAUUGAUGAGUUCUUGCAGAAUGAUCCACCAGCUGAUGAGGAGGCUACUAAAAGCUCUCACUUUACCGAUUAACUUUACAUCCAUGGCUAAGUCAUGUACUUCCGUUUCCAUUAUCAUCCUGUUUCUUCUCCUUCAUUUCUCCACUUCAGGUAAUAUGAUGAGGCUUGCAAAUGCACAGGCACCUGGACAGGGUUCUUGGUGCCUUCCAAGGCCUUCUGCUAGUUACCGGGAGCUGAUAGAUAACAUCAAGUAUGCUUGUAACGUAGUGAACUGCACAGCAAUCCGACGAGGUGGCCCUUGCUUCCACCCGAACAGUCUCGUAAACCACGCUUCUUUCGCGAUGAAUCUCUACUAUCAGAAAGCGGGGAGGAACUUCUGGAACUGUGAUUUCAAGAACACUGCUGUCAUCGUCGUGACUGAUCCAAGCUAUGGCAAUUGCGAAUAUGAGUGCACCCGGUAGGUGUAAGAAGCCAGAUUUGCGUUUUUUAAGCUAGAAUAUCUGAUUAUUGUCAUAUUUCCCUUUUGUUGGUACUUUAAUUUUCUUGUUUGUCCAAAUAAUAUGUGAAAGUUUACCUUGUAAGGACUAAGGAUUAAUAUUUGCUGCAAGAAAUAAUUCCAUUCAAGAAUGUUGUUUGCAUUGCUGACCUAC